AUCCAGCAGCCGGUCCGGUCCGGAUUAGUUGUUCGCUUUCCUCUCAUGCAGAACCCGUCAUGAUGUCAGAGGAGGAGGACUUAUCAACAAUCCUGCAGAUAAAAGAGAGCCAUGAUGGAGACUUCACGGCACCCGACGGACCGUCACCGUGCUGGUUGUCGGUUGCGUUCUGUCUACUGCUCGCCUGCUCAUAUGUUGGGAGUUUAUACGUGUGGAGGAGUGACCUGCCCAGGGAUCAUCCCACUGUGAUAAAACGACGAUUCACCAGCGUCCUAAUUGUGUCAGGUCUGUCGCCUCUCUUUGUGUGGGCGUGGAGGGAUGUCACAGCCGUCAGGACAAACCCUUCUCUGCUGGCUCUCAUGGGGAUCCGGCUUGAAGGCCUUAUUCCUGCUGUGGUCCUUCCUUUGCUGCUAACUAUGGUCCUUUUUCUUGGCCCACUCAUGCAGAUGGUCAUAGAUUGUCCAUGGAGCUUCACAGAUGGCAUUCGAGUGGCAUUUGACCCAUGUUUCUGGAUGUUGUGCCUCAGCGACAUGCGCUGGUUAAGGAAUCAGGUGGUGGCACCAUUAACAGAGGAACUGGUCUUCAGGGCUUGUAUGCUGCCCAUGUUGGUGCCAUGUGCCGGACCUUCCACUGCCAUCUUCACUUGCCCCCUUUUUUUUGGAGUGGCUCACUUCCACCACAUCAUAGAGCUGCUGAGGUUCAGACAGGGGACAGUGUCGGGGAUCCUCCUCUCAGCAGUGUUUCAGUUCUCCUACACAGCAGUGUUUGGAGCCUACACUGCCUUCAUCUUCAUUAGAACAGGUCACCUGAUGGGUCCGGUUCUCUGUCACUCCUUUUGUAACUACAUGGGUUUCCCUGCCAUCAGCACAGCACUGGAACAUCCACAACGCCACACGGUUCUGUUGUCCUACCUACUGGGGGUCCUUUUCUUUUUCAUCUUCCUCUUCCCUUUCACAGACCCCUCCUAUUACGGCCUCCCCACCCCUGUCUGUACCCUCGCUCCAUCCCCCAGCUCCCUGUGCCUCUCUUGA